AUGGCACAGUUCGAUGUGCGUGACAUCAACCGCGGCUCGGCGGUCGUGUCGGUGGAGAAGCUCAACUGGUUCAACCGCCAGCACAUCCUCCGGCUGGCGGCCACGCCGGAGGGGCUCCGGCGCCUGGCCGACAUCGUGCUCGACCAUCUGGCCGGGGCGGCGCUCGAUGGCCCGGCCGAUGCGGCCGCCACCACCGCCGAGCACUGGACCCGCCCCAUCCCCGAGGCCCCGGGGGCCGCCGUCGACCGGGAGUAUGUCCUCCGCGUGGUGGCGGCCAUCGUCACCGACCGCAUCGCCCUCCUUGGAGAUGUGUCCUCCACGUAUCGGUACUUCUUCCGCGAGGCGUCGCCCGAGCAGGUGGCCGCCAUCCGGGCGACCCUGGCCCCGGCCGUGGCCGCCACCAUCCGCCACGCCGUCCUCCCGGAGCUGGCCCGGCUGCCGGACUUCGCCGACGAGAAGGCCCUGUCCGCGUGCCUGAAGGCCCGGCUGCCGGCCGACGAUCCCCGGCUGCCGGCCGGCGCCGGGCCCCUCAAGCAGAAGGACCUCCUGCAGGGCCUGCGCAGCCUGCUCACCGGGUCGCCAGCCGGCGCGCCCAUCGCCACGGUCAUGGCCGUCCUCGGGAAGCAGGUCGCCGAGCGGCGCCUCGCCGAGUGCUAG